UUAAUCCAUAAACUAAAAAAAAAAAAUGAAAUGAACUAUAAGAGGAUGACCUUCGUCUUCGUUGACCAACCAUCAUCAACACCUAAACGCUCUUUCUCUCUUUCUCUGCCGUGUGUAGGGCUAAGAACAAAUUGAUCAGAGCCGUCGGUUUCGUAGAUAACAGGUUUGAUUUGGUAGUACAAUGGGAGGAGGUUUUAGAGUUUUGCAUUUGGUGAGGCCGUUCUUGGCCUUUCUGCCUGAGGUGCAGAGCGCUGACAGGAAGGUGCCUUUCAGAGAGAAGGUUAUCUACACUGUCAUCUCUCUCUUCAUCUUUCUUGUCUGCAGCCAGCUCCCUCUCUAUGGUAUUCACUCCACCACCGGCGCCGAUCCUUUCUAUUGGAUGCGUGUUAUUCUUGCUUCCAACCGUGGGACUGUCAUGGAGCUUGGGAUUACUCCCAUUGUUACCUCUGGUCUCGUGAUGCAGCUCUUGGCGGGUUCGAAGAUUAUUGAGGUUGACAACAAUGUCCGUGAGGACCGUGCCCUCUUGAAUGGUGCUCAGAAGCUUCUAGGUAUUCUGAUUGCCAUCGGUGAGGCUGUUGCAUAUGUUCUUUCUGGAAUGUAUGGACCCGUUGGACAGCUUGGUGUUGGUAAUGCCAUUCUCAUCAUCCUCCAGCUUUUCUUCGCCGGAAUCAUUGUUAUCUGCCUUGACGAGCUUCUUCAGAAGGGAUACGGUCUCGGCUCUGGAAUCUCCCUUUUCAUUGCCACCAACAUCUGUGAGAGCAUUAUCUGGAAGGCGUUUAGCCCAACGACCAUCAACACUGGUCGUGGAGCGGAGUUUGAAGGUGCUGUUAUUGCAUUGUUCCAUAUGCUGAUAACCAAGUCCAACAAGGUUGCAGCUCUCCGCCAAGCAUUCUACCGGCAAAACCUUCCAAAUGUUACCAACUUGCUCGCCACAGUCUUGAUCUUCCUUAUUGUUAUCUACUUCCAAGGGUUCCGUGUGGUCUUGCCUGUGAGAUCAAAGAAUGCCCGUGGGCAACAGGGUUCUUACCCAAUCAAGCUGUUCUACACCUCUAACAUGCCCAUCAUUCUCCAAUCUGCUCUCGUCUCAAAUCUUUACUUCAUCUCCCAGCUUCUCUACAGGAAGUUCAGUGGAAACUUCUUUGUAAACCUUUUGGGACAAUGGAAAGAAUCUGAGUACAGUGGGCAAUCUAUUCCAGUUAGUGGUCUGGCUUACCUCAUCACAGCUCCAGCAAGUUUCUCGGACAUGGCAGCUCACCCGUUCCAUGCUCUGUUCUACAUUGUCUUCAUGCUCACUGCUUGUGCUCUUUUCUCAAAGACAUGGAUUGAGGUCUCCGGAUCUUCUGCAAGGGACGUAGCUAAGCAGCUCAAGGAACAACAAAUGGUGAUGCCAGGACACAGAGAGUCGAACUUACAGAAGGAGCUGAACAGGUAUAUCCCAACAGCAGCAGCUUUCGGAGGAGUGUGUAUCGGUGCACUGACCGUUCUGGCUGAUUUCAUGGGAGCCAUUGGGUCGGGGACUGGAAUUCUCUUGGCCGUCACAAUCAUCUAUCAGUACUUCGAGACCUUUGAGAAGGAAAAAGCAAGCGAACUCGGCUUCUUCGGGUUCUAAGUUAGCCUAAAGGUAUAAAACUUUGCUUAGUCAAAGGCAGAGUUUUAAAAACAGAGUAGGCACUUUACUCUUAGCUUCUGUGCCAACCUCAAAGGGUUCGAACAGGCCAUUUGGGUAGACUUUUUUUGUUGUUAAACAAAACGUUCACUUGUAGUUUCUCUUUUUAAUAUAAAUUUAUGUUUUUCUGUUA